AUGCAAGCCACCAUUCUGGACCUCGCCCGGAAAGCAAAACUUGCUGUUCAAGUACACGAGACAUCGUCAAAUAUACAAGCCAUCCACGUUCUUCUUGAGGAACAAGAACAGAAACCCACAGUUGACCUACUAGUGGUGUCCAAGGUCUGCAGAGAACAGUACUUAAUUGAUCGCCGUGUACGAGAACUUCUUGUCUGUUCGGAGUUGUUGCCUAUUGACACUACAGCUGAGAAGCUGUUGCAGUCAGGCUACAAGGCUUUGAUUAUUUCUGGAAGCCCUAGUUCUGCUGGAUCACUAAGCUGCGUGCCAUUCGACCUCAAAAUAUUUGAGUGUGGAGUUCCCGUUCUAGGCAUUUGCUAUGGAAUGCAACUUAUGAAUGCAGCAUUUGGUGGACACGUUGCAAAAGGUGAAUGUCGUGAGGAUGGUCAGUUUUCGAUUGAAUGCGACACAACUUCUCCCUUAUUCAAGGGGCUUUCGAAAUGUGAAAAGGCGUUGCUCACACACGGAGACCAGUGUGUGACUAGUGGGACGGGGUUCAAUGUUAUUGCGAAGUCCGGCUCAAUUCUGUCAGGAAUCGGAAAUGACCAGAAGCGCCUGUAUGGCGUGCAGUUCCAUCCGGAGGUGGAACUUACCCCAUGCGGCCGGAGAAUACUCCAUAACUUCCUAUUCGGCAUAUGUGGACUCAAAGGAGACUUUCAACUCAAGGAUCGAUUGAUAGAAUGCAAAACCGAGAUUCAAGAACUUGUUGGUCAGAAAAAAGUGUUGGUGCUUUUGAGUGGUGGUGUUGAUUCAACGGUCUGUGCGGCGCUAUUGGCUCAAACAAUCAGUCCUUCGCAAAUAGUUGCCGUCCAUAUAGACAACGGAUUUAUGAGGAAAAAUGAAUCAAAGGCCGUGCUGGAAUCCCUGAAGGCCAUUGGAAUUAAUGGUAUGUUUUGUCCAAAUCAGAUAAUCACUCCUAACACUGUUUCAGUACACUUUGUGAAUGCUCGACUGCGCUUUCAAUCGGGCAUGACCACUUUCCAAGUGCCGAUCAAAACGGAAUCGCUUGCCCCAGCUAUCAUCCUUCCAUCGAAAGCUCAGUCGGAAUCAGCUGCUAGCCCACUUGGGCCGGAAUGCAAGGACGUUAAACCCACACCGGACGAAUACUGUGAUACAAAACCUGAAUUGAAAUUGAGCACAACUACCCUCUCGCACUUUACAGAUUCUACAACACCCACCGAGAGGAGGCAACAACGAUUGAGUGGUGGAGGUUUCACAACGCACACUGAAUUGCGUAACAUUCCUAUCGGGCCGUUGAAUAGCGCAACAACUAAUCCUGAGGAGAAGCGCCGAAUUAUCGGUGACACGUUUAUGAGGGUUGCCCAAGAGACUUGGACUGAGCUUAACUUGGAUGCCGACUCCUUACUACUUUGUCAGGGUACUCUGCGACCGGAUUUGAUAGAGUCGGCUUCACAGAAGGUUAGCUUGAGGGCUGAUGUCAUAAAGACACAUCACAACACAACGGCAUUGGUACAACACCUUCAGAGCGAGGGUCGAAUAAUCGAACCUUUAGCCAGUUUCCACAAGGACGAGGUCCGACAGGUUGGUCGCCAGCUCGGAUUGCCGGAGGAGAUAGUUAAUCGACAUCCAUUUCCAGGGCCAGGACUAGCAAUCCGCAUCCUGUGUGCUGCUGAACCAUACAUGGAGCGUGACUUUUCUGAGACAACCAGUUUGAUCAAGAUGAUUGCCGGUUACCAUCACAUGUCACAGAAUCCUCAUGCCUUACUAACAAGAAUCAAUGCAGUUGCACGUCCAGAGGAGCAACAUCGGCUGUCAGAAAUCACAAUGCACCGCACUCUUGCCGCCCAUUUGUUACCACUUCGCACCGUUGGAGUUCAGGUUCGCAGUGUGUUUAUUUUUCUGCUGGAUUGUAUGUGUUUGUAUGGUGAUCAGAGGACCUACAGCUACGCAUGUGCUCUGUCUAGUUCCACUGCCCCCGAUUGGGAUGCACUGUCUUUCUUGGCCCAUCUCAUCCCACGAAUAUGUCACAACAUCAACAGAGUUGUCUUCGUCUUCGGUCCACAAGUUGCCCAUCCUGUGAAUGAUAUCACAGUGACCUACCUACGGGAGCCUGUAGUCGAAACACUUCGCGAGGUUGACGAUCGUGUAACUACCGUGCUUCGAGCUACACGAACUCUGGACAAAGUCAGCCAACUACCUGUUGUCCUACUGCCAAUUCAUUUCGAUCGUGACCCCAGUCAGGUUGUUGCCGUUCCCUCCAUCCUCCGCUCGGUCGUACUUCGACCGGUUAUCACGUCUGACUUCAUGACCGGUUUAGCAGCUAUUCCGGGCAAACACAUACCUGAAGAGGUUGUUUUACAGCUUCAGAAAGCUGUUCAAAGCGUCCCAGGCAUAUCCCGUGUCUUGUACGACCUAACAUGCAAACCACCGGCCACCAUUGAAUGGGAAUAACAUGACUAGUCGCACCCCGCUAUCUUCUUUCACACAUAACCCUGCAGUUCCAUUACGAAAAUGCCGGCUCAACUUUGAGAACGUCUUCAUUCGAACCGCGCCGACCGUCACGCACUUCCCUUCAUGUUCUUCCCCUGAUCGGUUUUUUGUCCGAGGUCUCCCAUCGAUGCCGGACGACUUAUUUGUGUUGGAUUUUGUGUACCUUGUACUGAAGAGCGUGCCCCCACUUUCUCGUGCAUUCAUUUGAUAUGGGGGCUGGGGUUAUCGCAAAAACGUGG